GACCUAGUGUAGCGAGCUGGCGUAUCUAGCUUCUAUUCAUAUUUGUGAAGCACGCUCUUCACUAAUUCUUCCUUUGUAUCGAAUAUACAUAAGUCUCGACCACUAAUUUACUAAAACAUAAUUCGUUAAAUCUUCGUGUCAGAUUUAAGUCGUCUCGGUCUAGGGUAGCUUAGCUUGCUAGCAGCUAAGAAAGAGUCGCGUUUGUUAUUAUUAACACAUCGCGACGCAAAGAUCAAGUGUGAUCGUAAAGUGUUGUAAUUAUCAUGUGAAAAUGUGGACAAGAAGGACAACGGAGUACGAGGAGGAACUUUGUGGAACAAAAGAGGAGGACGGGCGACAACGUCAACCAUUGGACGCUGUUUUCAAGAAGCCUCGAAUGGGGUUAUGCGCAGCAGACGUCAGUGAAUAUCUUUGUCCUGAACAACUGAAGUCAGAGUCCCCUCACAUUAAAGAGGAAGUGGAGGUCAAAGAGCCCCUCAACAUUAAGGAAGAAGAGGGGUUGGAGCAUAGUGAUAUUAAGGAGGAAGAGGAGCCAAAACCCCCUCACAUCAAGAGAGAGAAGGAUGAGGAAGAGCACUCUUACUUCAAAGAGGAGGAAGUGCACCCCCACAUCAAACAGGAGGUGCCCGAGCUCCUCCACAUCAAACAGGAAGAGGAGGAGGCUAUCACCGAGUUGCCAUUUAUUAGUGUCCCUUUGAAGAGUGAAAAUGAAAGUCAACGUGAGGACAAUAGAGGGGCGGCGCCUCCAAGCAGCAGCUCAAGUCAACACAUGACAACAGAUGAUGGAGACCACUGUGGAUCAUCACAAGCAGACGGCCUCAUCGCUCCACUAUCAGAUUGUGAUGACACAACGGCAUUCUCUCCGGACACUGAUGAUGAUGAUGAAGAACAGUCAGAAGGUCAUAAUACAGGUCACCGUGACAACAAACGUUGGGAAUGUUCUCUGUGCGGGAAAACUUUAGCUUAUAAAUGGGAUUUGAAACGACACAUGAGAAUACACACUGGAGAGAAACCUUUUGCCUGCACAGUUUGCGGAAAAAGAUUCUCUCAAAGGACGUUUUUGACGACACACACAAGAACACACACUGGUGAAAAACCUUUUGCCUGCUCAGUUUGUGAUAAAAGAUUCGCUCAGAAGGGAAGCUUGAAAGUACAUGCACGAACACACACCGGAGAGAAACCUUUUAUCUGCUCAGUUUGUGGUAAAAGAUUCUCUGAAAAGGGAAAUCUAAGAAUACAUACAAGGACACACUCUGGUAAGAAAUCUUUUGCCUGCCCAGAUUGUGGUCAAAUAUUCUCUGAAAAGCAAAACUUAAGAAUACACAAAAAAAUACACACUUUUGCCUGCUCUGUUUGUGGUAAAAUAUUCUCUCAAAAGCACAACUUAAAAAUACACAUUAGAAUACACACUGGUGAAAAACCUUUUGCCUGCUCAGUUUGUGAUCAAAGAUUCACUCAUAGUCGAAGCUUAAAAACACACGAAACAACACACACUGGAGAUAAACGGUUUUCAUGCUUAGUUUGUGGUCAAAGAUUCACUCAAGAGAGACAUUUAAGAGACCACACAAGAACCCACCCUGGUAAAAUACUUUUUGCCUGUUCAGUUUGUGGUCAAAAAUUCCCUUGUAAGGGAAGCGUAAUACAGCACACAAAAACCCACACUGGUGAAUGAAAAACAUUUAGACUGCCCUCUUUGUGAUCAAAGUUCUCCUGAUUAGGGAAGCUUUAAAACAUUUGAAUGCACACUGGGGAGAAACGUUUUUGCUGGUCACUUUGUGGUCAAAUAUUCUUUCAUAAGGAUAACACUAAGAGAGACAAGUGUGCUGGUGCGAAUAGCAAUGAUCAAUGAAGCUGGAAAUUAAAUUUCACUGUCCAAUCCAUCCAUUUUAAUAAGUUUAUUUGGGUUUGGGUUGCGGGUCACCAGCCUGAGCAGCAAGUCCAGAUUUCCCUCUCCCCAGCCACUUCAUCCAGUACUUCCGGGGAGAUUCUGAGCUAUUCUCAGGCCAGCCUGAAAAGUCGUCCCAAGGUGUCCAGGUGCCAUUUUUACUAGAUACUCGAGCCACAGCUCGCCUGUUGAUCUCCCGCUCCAGUCUUCCCUCAUUUGUGAAAAAGAUCUGCAGAUACUUGAAAUCCUCCACUUGGGCCAGGAUCUCCUCCCUGGAGGUCACUGCACCUUUUUUUGACUGAGAAUCAUGGCCUCACAUUUGAAGAUGCGUAUUUUCCCAACUGCUUCAUACUAUUUCACGAACAGCCCCAGCAAGAGUUUAUCAUUGCUUGAUAAGAACAAUGGGCCCACAUUGUCUGUGAAAAGCAGAGACGUACAACCAAGGCCACCAUACUGGACAUCCUCAAUUCCUCUGCUGCGCCUAGAAAUUCUGUCCAUAAAGGUAACCAACAGAAUUGAUCACAAAGGGCAGUACUGGUGGAGUCCAGCCCUCAUUGGAAACAAAUCCGACCUAAAGUUGGCAAUGCUGAAACACAUUCAAAUGUCUUCUCCAAGUCCGCAAAGCACAUUUGGACAAGUUGGGUGAACUCCAUGCACCUUCCAGGACCCUGCUGAGGGGUAUGGCUGGUCCACUGUUCCAUAACCAGAAAAAAAAAAUCAUACAAAUAUUUAUAUAUUUUUAUUAAGGACAGUUUGCAACAAGCACAGAAGUCCAAUAACAGAACACUGCUCCCGUUCUGGACCGUUCCUCAAUAUCAUGCCGCUCCAGGGCUCAAAUUCUGAUGUUUAAUAUUGAAACUAAUUAUGACACUGAUGUUAAAUAACCUACACUAUCUAUCACAAAAUUUCUGUUUAAGUGGUUAGUGUCUAGUUGUCGUUGUAUAGUUCUAAAACACUGGUGGUUUGUUCGCUUUUAAAGGUAGUCUUUUCCACGUGAUGAAUCACACUGGAGUUUUAAACAGAUAUGCACCGCUGCAAUUUGAUUGGCUGCCUUUAUGAUUGGCUGCCGUUAUGAAUCCCACUAACCUUAACCCGUCCUAACCAUAACAAACCUGAUUGUGUUUAUUUUUUUGAAUAUUUGGAAUUGUCAUCUCGUUACAUCUGCGUAGCCUGACUUUGCUGCGAUGCAGCAGCCACUCAUAUUACAGCGGGGGGUGUCCACCCUAGAACUCCAGUGGAAUUCAUAAUAAUGCGUCUUUUCCUACUUGAAAACUGUUAACCCUGAUGAAGACUUGCAUGCCGAAAUGUAUCAGAGUUUUUUAACAUGAAUAAGCCAUUACA